UGAUGCUACCAAAAUUUACAAUCAAUAUGGCUUUUUCUAACCUAGCCGUCAUCAUCCAGCGAGGGAGAAGAAGAAUGAAGAGGAGAUCGACGGUAAUAAAAAGAAGAAGAAGACAAAGAGACAUAUGCAAGAGCCACGAACCGGUGCCGGAGAUUCCUUUUGAUCUCGUGAUAGAGAUUCUCACGAGACUGCCUGCUAAAUCCCUUAUGAGGUUCAAAUCCGUCUCAAAGCUCUGGUCACUUUUGAUUUGUUCCAGAACUUUCACCAACCUUUUCCAAAAAGUUUCAUCAUCACCACCGCGUCUAUACAUGUGGUUGGACGUAGACAACAGGAAUGUAUUACUGUCAACGUCGUCUUCUCCUGAUGACUCGGACGUGUCUUCCUUUGUAAUUGACCAAGAAUUGACCAUCCCACCGAAUAAAGGCUACUACCUCUCUCACGUUUUUGGUGGCUUAAUGUGUUUCGUAAAUGAGUCAAGGGCAAAGAUAUACAACACUACCACUAGACAACUUGUUGUCUUACCUGACAUAGAAGAAUCCAAUAUGAUAGCUGAAGACCACAAGUAUAAGAAGAUCAUGUACCAUAUCGGACACGAUCCCGUUCAUGAUCAAUAUAAAGUGGUUUGCAUUGUUUCAAGACCCAGCGACGAAUAUGGAGAGCACUCGUACCUGUCAGAGCAUUGGAUCUUGCUACUAGGAGGAGAUAGAUCUAAUCGAUGGAGAAAGAUUCCAAGCCGUUGCCAACCACAUGUUCCUGUAACACAAGUAUUGAAUAUCAGUGGGCGUAUGCAUUACCUCGCUUGGGUAGGAUUUCUUUAUUCUGUGCUUGUCAGUUUCGAUAUUAAUUCUGAAGAAAUCAGUAUUCUUGAACUACCUAAAGAAAACGAUUUUUUUCCUAAGAUGACUGAUCUUAUUGAAUACGGUAGAAGAGUAGCUCUUUUACACCAUAUUGAUCUUAAAAGGCAAGGUGUGUUGAAUCUAUGGGUCGUGGAAGAUUCAAAGAAGAAUAUGUGGUCGAGUAAGACUUUGGUGUUGCAUCCUUCUCAAAUGCAUCUAGUCAAUAGCAUCGGUUUGAAGGUACAAGGUACAACUAGAAACGGUGAGGUUGUCUUGGUACCUCAAAAUUACACUUAUACUCACACCGGCAAGGUUACAUGUAACCCUCAAGAUACAAGUCUUUUCUACGUUUUACUUUACAAUCUACAAAAUAAUCAUAUGAGAAAAGUCGAAAUCAAAGACACAUCAAACCGAUAUCUUACCAGAGAUUGGGACGUUAUUGGAUUAGAUGAUAUUCACAACUUAAUAUAUCUCUAG